AUGCCGACCUUCCUCGUCCACGGUUUCCGCUGGCAGCGCCAAAACAUCCGCAUCCACAUCAUCCUGCACGACCUCGAAGACGCCGCCCCGGAAUGGGUUGUCGCGCCCGCGACAUCCGUCACGCUUUUAAACUCCUUCUACAGCCUCUACGACUUCCUGCCUCCGUCAAACCCACCGCCCGCUUCAUACCCUCUACCUGCCCCGACUGAGAAGAUUAUAACCAAAAGUGAAGAUGGGAAGCCGAAGGCGCUAACGAAGAAGAAGGGGAGUAUUGCGAGCUUGGGCUCGUUGGGACGGAAGAGCCGGCCUGCGAAGUUGGAGGCGAAGCGGACGAAUGGGAAUGGGAAUGGACACCAUGUCACUGCCAGUUCGGAGUCCGGGACUUCUCGGACAACCUCUGCGAGUCGGGACUCUAAAGGAGAGAACAAACCGACAUUUAACGAUUGGAGCGUGGUGAAGUUUGUCGAGCAGUAUGAUCCAAAUGAUCUUUCCUCGACGAGCCAGCCAUAUGCGUAUGUUGGGGAUUAUAUGGUUGAGGUGAAGCUUGGCGCUUCUGUUAAUGAGGAGAUUGCGAAGUAUGAAGCGCGGCAAAGGGCGGAGGAGCUGCCUCCUGGACUACCGGCUGGUGUGAUGAGUGCGAGGGAAAUCAGGAGGAAGAGUAGGAGGUUGGGCUGGUUUGAGAAGUUGAGGGAUGGGCUGCAGAAGGGAGCGGAUAUUGGGUGGUUUAUAGUUGUUUGUGGGGAUGAGGAAAGGGCUGCUCCGAGCAUGGAUUUGGGGAGGACAAGUGAAGAAAAUACAGACGAGGAGGAGCAGAAGACACCUAGAAGUGCGGGAUUGAGAGGCUUCUUCGGCACUGCUGGGAGGAGGAAGAACAUUCCCCAGGAAUGA